ACGAAAUGUCUGAGAAUCAUCACAUUCGUUUACCAACUUACAACGUUAACAACAAACAAUCUCUUUUAUCAUUUUUUGAAUUUAUUCAACUCCAACUAAAAAACCAACCAUGAAGACUAUGUUCAUUGCUUGUGCUUUCAUCCUCAUGCUGACCGUUGCAUCAGUCUACAGCGAAGAAGAUACUCUUCAAGCUGCUGAAUCACGAUCUUAUGGAGGUUCACGCAGCUACGGCGGUGGACACGGAGGUUCCCGCGGCGGAUAUGGCGGUGGAUACGGUGGUGGACACGGAGGUUCCCGAGGUGGAUACGGAGGUGGACAUGGUGGUUCCCGAGGCGGUUAUGGUGGUGGACACGGAGGUUCCCGAGGAGGCUACGGAGGUGGCUCACGAGGAGGUUACGGUGGUGGAUCACGAGGUGGAUACCAUGGAUAAACUUUGAUACUCAGAUUCUGACAUUGCUGUUAUUCACUUCCACUUUACCGUUUCCUAUGUUUAUGUCUCCUCGAUCCUGUAUCCUGGGCUUUUAACUGCUUCCGUCCUUACCAUCUGCGAUUACAUGAUAAGAAAAAACAAAAUCAUAAAUAAGCGGAUAAACCUGUUUACUUGAUCAGAGUCAUUUUUUCUUACCCUUCUAUUCCAAACGAAUUACUCGUCAGAUGCUCAUACCUUCAAAAAAAGUAUAUAGCUGUUAUAUAUAAAAGAAUGAAAUUCUUUAACUGUUGAUAUAUGCUUAAAAACAUUUCAAUACCAAAAAACCAAAUAAACUGAAAUCAAAAUACAAA